AUGACCAUCUACCUCCCCACAGCCGCCCCCUCAAUGCCUGAGCCCAACACCUUCCCCCCCUCCCCUCUCUUCCUCCUCACCCCUGACCCUUUCUUCAAUGGAUCCUACCACAACUGGACCAACCCUGGCGGUGGAGGCGUGGGGGGUUUCCAACUCACUAUAGCAGGGGUCCUUAUCCCCCUCAUCUAUGUAGCAGUCUGUGUGAUCGGCCUGGUGGGCAACACAUUGGUCAUCUACAUUGUUUUACACUAUGUGAGGACGGAGUCGGUCACUAACAUCUAUAUACUCAACCUGGCCAUCGCUGAUGAGCUAUUCAUGCUAGGCCUCCCCUUCCUGGCGGUCCAGAACGCUCUUCUCUCCUGGCCGUUUGGUUCUCUCAUGUGCCGUGUGGUCAUGACUGUGGACGCCAUCAACCAGUUCACCGCCAUCUUCUGUCUCACGGUCAUGUCCAUCGACCGCUACCUCGCAGUGGUCCAUCCCAUACGGUCGUCGUGGUGGAGGCGACCGCACGUGGCCAAGGCGGUGAACGCGGCGGUGUGGGCAGUGUCGUUUGUGGUGGUGCUGCCCGUGGUGGUGUUUGCGGACGUACUGGAGGAUGAUGGGAACUGUAGUAUAGUGUGGCCUGAGCCAGCCGAGGUCUGGAAGGCAUCGUUCAUCGUGUACACGUGCACGGUCGGGUUCUUCGGACCGCUACUCGUCAUCUGUCUCUGCUACCUGCUCAUUGUGAUCAAGGUGCGCAACGCGGGGAAACGGGCCCGGUCCACCUCCUCCCGACGCAGGAAGUCCGAACGCAAGAUCACCCGCAUGGUGGUUGUCGUGGUAGCAGUGUUCGUGUUGUGCUGGCUCCCAUUCUACAUCCUCAACAUCGUUAACCUGCUAAUCCUGUUACCGGGCGAAUUCCGGGGGCUGUACUACUUUGUGGUGGUCCUAUCGUACACUAAUAGCUGCGCUAACCCAAUAAUUUACGGAUUCCUGUCCGAUAAUUUUAAGAGAGGGUUCCGGAAGGCUCUUUGUCGUUCUUCGAGGAGGGUGGAGAACCACGAGAGAGCGGCAGCCACCGAGCUGCAGCGCCCUGCAGAGCUCUGGAGGGGAAUUGCGCCCGAGCCGCGAGAUGGCCUGGGGGUCACCAAGUCUCAUGAAGGAGGGGAGGAAGAAGUGGAGGAGGAAGAGGAGAACGGGAUAGAGAUGGAGAGAAGAGAAGAUGCCACUCAGAUGAGAGAGAACUGCAGGAUUGCACAGAACGGGAACGGAGGAGGACAAGUUGAGAGCUCCAGGAUCUUGUUCACUCCGGGGGGAAAUGUGGAGACGGUACCCCUGGGGCAGAGGGCUAAAGCUGGGGAGGAGGCUGGGAAAGGCCCAGGCUUAGAAUUGGGGCCUACUGUCGCUGCCUCCACUCUUGCCAAUGGAUCAAAGAGUGAAAGUAACAGGUCACGUCCAGACACAGUGGAGAAGAGCCCCAAGCUAGAGAUCAGCUACCUGUAACUCAUAAAUAAGCUUUUUCCCAAUGUCCAUACUAGUAUACCACUGAUACGGACACGUCUUGCUGAGACUGAGGCUGUCCUAAUAUGGACACUGUACAGUGUAUAGAAUGAUGGUGAAGCUGCUCCUAGACACGCUGAUCUUGGGUCAGUUUUGCA